AUGAGGGUUUUCGUGAUUCUGGAGCAGCCGGUGCACAGAACAACGGGAGGUCUUGAAAGCUUGCCUCGCUUUAAGGAUAUGGCACAGGUUUAUCGCUGCCAAAUUCAGAUGGGAAAUUUUGGAGCGCCUACUCCGAAGCCGACUUAUCUCUACUCGCAGCACGCAAACAUCAAGGAGUUUUGUCGACUGUCCAAGACCCGUGCUGCUCACACCCAGCACAGCAAGGAGGUGAAGAAACACGUUGUAAAGCGGGCCGAGAGUGGCAAGCGGACUGUCACCGGCACGAGCGAGCUGAAGAAGACACAGAGAUACACCACGCAGUUCGCGAAGGACGUCAUCGAUGUAUGGCUGGGCGGGUGCGAGGCCAUGGGAACCGACUGCCGUGGUUGCAAAGAUGCCAUCGACUUGAACAGCUUCGCGAUGCCCGGUGAUGCCACCUAUGACAUGGAUGCUCAGAUCCGAUUGCUUUUCAGCAGUCCGAUAGACUGGCAAGAGGACGCUGACCUGCUGGACGUGGUUCACUUCAUGCUGGACAGCGGCAAAGAGCUCGCUUCGACGAUUGAUGCUGCUUUGCUUGGAAAGCUUGGGUUAACGGAAGAGCAGCAGAAUAUGGUGAAAGCCAAGAUGUCAGCAAUGAUGGUUGGCAUCAGCGGUGCACCAUCACAGACGGAGCCUGAAGGAAGCAGCGCUGCUUCCGCCAGUGCCAGUCCAGCUGCAGCAGCUCCCGCAGCGCCCGUGGCGCCGGCAGCUCCUGCUGUGUUGCCGACCCCAAAGUCAACCCCCGAGCUUAAGGCACCCCCGCUGCCGGAAGCACCCGUGCGCCGGCCCGCACUACUUGUGUUCCCGGCUGAUGAUGAUGCUACCCAGAAAGGUUUUUGCGGCCUGUCAGAGGUUCAACCUAAGACGGGGCUUCUUGAGCCUGUGCCAGGACCUUUGCCGCCUCUGAGAGUGGAGACCCCAUGCCCUGCCGUUCAUGCCCCCCCGGUCAGACUGGAUUCAAGCCUUUCUGUGACGACCAGUGCUACAACAGUACCUGAUUGUUUGGAACAAGAGCUGGACCAGCUCUAUGAUGCGGCUGGAAGGGCAGGACCAACGGAGGCUCCACUACGUGCUAUGUCAAGUCUUGUGCAUGCACCAUCGUUCGACGAUGCUACAUUGCCGGGUCGAGUGACUAAGGCCAGGUUUGCACUAGAUGCAAAGGUCGGUAACCUCCUGUAA